GAUAAAAUACUAUCUUUUUCAAAUAAUAAUAUACAUAAUCACGAACCAACUACUGAUCAUAAUUUAGCUGUUCAGUGUGUUAGAACUGCUAUAAAGAGGAAAGCCGAAGAAGACUUACUUGCAAAACCAAAUAAGAUUAUACGUAAGGAAAUUCAAGACACUAAUCUCGUUUUUAAGUAGGUAAUAGUUCAUAAUGACAUAAUUAUUGAGAGAUUCGGCUUAAAGGAUUCGUAAAAAAUAUUUUCCAAAAUUCCAACAACUACUAAUGAAGCAUUUGAUCAAUUGUUUGAAACUCCAGUCGAUAUUAAAACUAAAAAUGAACAAUUUUGGUUUCGUCAAUCGAGAAAAAUAAAUUAUUUUGUUUACAUGUUCUGAAAACUUAAAACAUCUUUGUGAAUCUGAAAACGUUUUUGGAGAUGGGACAUUUAGUUUUGCUCAUAAUUACUUUUAUCAAUUAUAUACAAUACACAUCUACAAACAUAAUUAUUACAUACCCGUAGUAGCCAAGGCCAAUAUUUCGGUCGUGAAAUACCGCGUUGAAUACUGUCGAAUACGGUCGGAACGUUUCGGAAAGACACGAAUCGUUAUCAUUAACGAGAAUGAUGCCAACAAUUAACGCGAGACCGCGCGACUCGUGACCGACGAGUACAGAGUAAAGCGCACGCACGCACGCACGCAUGAAGCGCAAGACAACAGUAGAAACCAUGGGGACCAAGCGCGCGUCAGUCUCACGCAGCAGUCACCAGCGUUGGUCUGUUAUUGUUGUUCACGCUUUCAAACACGGUUGAGCAGUUUUCACAGCGAAAUGGACGCACAGGCACAGUCUUCGACCGUCGAUGUGGGUGACUACGGAGCGUACGGUGCGCUACAAUACGCUUCGCUGACAAAGCAUACGUGCGAAUAUUUUGAUGUAGAAACGGAUCCUCUUUCAAUCGUGUCGAAAAUUACUCCGGAUCCGGAAGCCCUGAAAAUGGACGACGACUACGUGGCACGACGUAAGAGACCGCCGUUUCCUCCGAGGAGUUUGGAAGCUCUUGAAAAACUCCUCGGUCACUUCAAACGCGAGAAACCCAAUCCACCCCGGCCGUCCGACAUCUUGAUGGAAGGGCUCGCCGAGGAGUUGACAGCGGCUGAACUGCGGGACAGGUGGAUGUUGCUCUACAGAGACGUUUACGGCCCCAAAGAACGGCCGCACUUUGACUUACCGAUCGAGCCGGACACAAUGAUUUUGGGAGAAAUGACGGUCGAAAAACUCAAAGAGACUCCGUUGUACAAGAAAAUGUAUAUGCGCGGCUACAACAUGGGAGUCAAGGAUUCGAAAGCUUGGUGGGCGAAGCACCGAGUAUCCGGUAAACCCUCCGCGGAGCCGGGACCGAGCUCUCCGCCGACAGCAGAGCCACAGCCACAACGGGACACGAAACCGGGACCGAGCCAAGGAUCGAAACGGAACCGGAACCGAGCCGCCCGCCGACAGCGGAACCGCCGGAACUGAGCUGACUGUUGAUCGAGGAGGCGCCAUGUGACACAGAAACGAGUCGGCUGCUGACAGAAGAGCUUUCGCGCGACACGGAACCGGAACUGAGCCGCCCGCCGACUGCUAACCUAAGUUAGUCACUUCGUUGCUCCUCGUCCGGUCGUGUUAUGUUAUCAAUGGUUCAAGCCCGGUGCGGCAGUUCAGUAGUGUUUCCGAACAGUUUUUGAACCAAUUCGCCUACGGUCCAUAAACUGAUAUGGUCGAUAGUAUUGUAACUUUUAUUUUGUAUUUUUGUAAAUAUAUAAGACGGU